GCCCGGUUAGUUCCUAGUUGAAGUUUGUCCGUUGCCAGAUACCGUGACGUUUUGACGUAUUCAGUUAAACUUUUUUCCCCCGUCUAUGUGUCCGAUACUCGCAACGGAUCUGCCAUGGUGAAUGGGGUUUCCAGUAUCGCCUCUACCGUCACCGUCACUGCAAUCGAGCCAGCAACCCCGACUACAUUAAAAUCGAACGCUGCAACAACGGUGACAACCAUUACUGCAAAAUAUCCUACCUAUCGAAGUAGUUCCCUGAGAACGGUCAACAAUUGGUUGGCAGGAAAACGACAAGACGAUGCCAGCGAAGGCUUUUGGCGGGUUCAUGAUUCAUUGUACGAUCUAACAAACUUCAUAGAUCAUCAUCCGGGCGGAGCCGAUUGGCUUAAGCUGACGAAGGGAACCGAUAUAACGGAGGCUUUCGAAAGCCAUCACAUCACCACUAAAGCCGAACUGCUACUGGCGAAGUAUCGAAUACGUGCUGCCCGGGAACCUCGAAAUGUUCGAUUGACGUUCCACGAGCAUGGUUUCUACAAAACUUUAAAACGGAGGGUUCGGGAAAAAUGGAACGAUCUUGACAGGCGACCGGCGCAAUACUCGGAAUUCAUCCUGGAUUGUUUGUUGAUUGGCGUUUUCCUGUUGCUAUUCAUUGCCGUAAUCCUGGAUAGUUAUGCGGUAGCAACCGUCUGCGGGUUGGUUCUCGCGAUGACAAUGAUCUGUGCCCAUAAUUUUUUCCACCAAAAAGACAACUGGAGAAUGUUGGUUUUUAAUUUGGCUUUCUUGAGUUACAGAGAGCAGAGAAUAUCCCACAUACUUUCUCAUCAUUUUUACCCGAAUUCAAAUUUGGACUUGGAAAUAUUUUUCUUUGAACCUUUUCUAUGUUGGCUUCCACGAUCAUCGAAAAAGAAAAUCAGACUUCAGCGGUUCGGAUCGUGGAUUUACGGGUCAAUUGUGUACGCGUUGAUGUUUUUGAAUGAAUUUGUCAAACGUCAAGCGGAAAUGUUCUUCACUAGGAAUGCAUCCUUCCAUUGGGAUGAUCUUAUAACAUUGGUAAUGCCAAUUUUCAUGUACACUACAACUACCAACAACUUGUGGGCGGUACUGAGGAUGUGGAUUUUCAUCGUUUUGGUUGGAAGUUUUACCUUUGGAUUCAUUGCUAUCAACGCAGCUCAUCACCAUCCGGAGAUCGUCCAUUCUGGAGAUUCAAUCCCCGCGGAUAUCGAUUUCGGUAUUUACCAGAUGGCCACAGUCAUCGAUCGGUCCGACAGAAAAGACUGGCAGUUGAAUGUACUGACCAGCUUCGGUCACCAUUGUUUGCAUCACUUGUUUCCGACGGUGGACCACGGAAUGCUUCCGCAGCUCUAUCCGUUGUUUCUGGAGACGUGUGCUGAGUUCGAUUUGGAACAUCGACAGUAUUCCUGGUGGCAGAUGUUCGUUGGACAACACCAGCAGCUAGCACGCGUAAUUCCGAUGACGUACACCGGCGGAAGGACGAAGAACUACUAAAUAAAGAAUCUUGUAAUAACAAAA